AUGUCCAAAACAAAUUCGACGGUAAAAGGAAGGCCCAAACUAGUUCAAUCUGUGAACGGAUUUUUUUCCAAAGGUGCGAAUGUGGUUACACACGGACGAUUUUUUUCAUCCGAACCUUCUAAAAGUGAAGAUUCAGGUCUGGAUUUUGUUAAACCCAAUAAAUGGUUCAACUUACUGGUUCCAGAACUGUCCUCUAGUGCUAAGAUUGCAUUAUCUCGUUGGAAAGGUAAUGACCUACUAACGAUCCCACCCAUGGUUUUAGAAGUUUUUCUGGUAGUUCCAACAGAGCAUUCAGAUAGUCUGGUCCUUCGUGGGGGAGCCGAUGGAUUGAGCCAAGAUGAUGUCGUCAUCAACGUUGGUAACUACGAGCGCAACGAGAUUGUUCUAGAACGAUGGUUACUAGAAUUUGAUUUGACUACCCUGGACAAAAAUUCUACUGAGAUCUACGGUAUUUACAAGAAAAUGAUCAUUCUUUUUCGCAAUCUCUACACAUUUGUACGAUUGAUGCCUGCAUUUAGGCUCUUUCAAGAGGGGAACUGGAAAAUAGGGACUCGAACAUUAGAUGGUAGCGAGCCAAUCUCCAGCAAAGAUCGAAUUGGUUUAAGUGAUUCGUUCCUGGGCGAAUCGAAGAAUUCAGAAGAGCAAGAUCAAAGUCAGUGCUAUUAUUCCCAUUUGAGCCAAAAAAAAUUUCGAUCUAUAACCACUUCAAUGGGUAGUUUGAAGAUCAGUUGCAGCUUCCGUAGAAAUACUGCCUUUCGGUGGGCAAGCACACGUCGAAAAGCGCGUGAUAACACGGUCACAGGUGGGCUUUCUCGGGCUGUUGGAAUACAACCUUUCAAGACUGGUGUUUUAUCGUCCAGCCCUGGUCGUAGUCCCGGUCAUGGCUUCACUGCGACACUUUGUGCCCGGACUGAGUCACAGCCUAUCCCUCUUCAAAUUCAUCAUCGCUCAAGCUCUAACGCUUCCCUUGUACAACUUCUUCGGAAUCCAAGAAAUAGCAUUCCAACGUCAAUAAACUCCGUGCUUGAGGACCAUUCAACAAUCUCUCCAGCAACAAAAUUCUCUUCCUCUUUUAGGUUAGCACGCAGAGGGAGUCUCCAUUCCCGAACAUCGGUCGAUCGUCGUUCAAGUGACUUAUCAUCGUCUGACAUAGACCCAGACCAAUUCUACGUCGAUGAAGAUAUAAAUGACCUCAUGCGUAUGAUUGAUGCCAGGCCGAAUUUAAGGCUUUCCUCAGCACGGUCACGUGAAACUUCACCGUCAUCUCUGAAUCGAUUUCAACUCUUACAGAAAACUCAUGAUAUCUUGAGUGAUUCGGUACAUGCAAGUUUACCCACAAGUGCCCAUGGAGUUCUCUCAUUGUCCCCAUCACGAAGGUAUUCCAUAUCACCUCCAACCAUGGGGCCAGGCUCAUCUACAGCCUCAAUCUCUCAAUCUUUAACUUACGCACGAAUGGAUCACCAGGACUCCGCACAAUCAGCCAAUUCUAUCCGUGACAUUUUGCAGAGUUCGAGCCGACGUAACUCUUCUUCCAACAGACGAGGAUCUGGCCAGUCGCCAAGGCCUGGAACAAUACUAGGACUACCAUCCGGGCUAGGCUCUGGUGACAGUGCGAUAUCUGAUGAGGCUUCUAAAGAACAUGUUUAUGAAGAGCACGCAAUAAUUGAUGAUGAUGAGGAGGAGGAAGACAUGAUCACUCAAAGAAAUUUGAAUCAUCUAUUGAAGUACAGAAAACUUCGCCUUCAAGAUACGAAAAAAAGCAAAGAGAUCACGAUCAAAGAAGAGGAUGACGAUUUGUUGUUCACAAUGAGCGACAUGAAUCUUAGCUGA